AUGUCUGUUGGGUUUCGCGUCUGCCACUUGUAUCGUUGGGACAAUUACCACGGAUUUGGUCUAGUUUUGACAACCAAAGACAAACAAACGAUUGUUUCCUCAGUGGAGGAGCGGUCGCCAGCUGAAUUAGCAGGCGUGAGGAAGGGGGACAUUGUGUAUGAAAUCAAUGGCUUUAAAAUAAGUAAAAUCAAACUUAUGCACAUGCAACUUCUUCAGAAGGGAGAUCCUACAGCGAGGUCAACUGCGUAAUGCUAGCCAAGAGUGAAAAUCUUGAGCUCGUGGUUGUUCAAAACUGUGAGAGAUUUUACCUUGAGCUCAUGCGAAUAACCCCAUCGUCACGGUCUGCGAAUGCAUUCCAUAUUAGUUGCCCUAACCGGCCACCAGGUAACCCAAAUUUCACCUUGUUUAUUUUUAGCCACGAAUGUAAGAAUACAUAUUUACACACGGAUGUUCGGGCUUGUGUAUUUUAAAAUACCCUUAGGAAAAUGUUUAAUUCGUCAUUCAUAUGAACGUUAUAUAACAUAUGGUGGCAUAAGCUAACAUAUCCAUAUAAUCAUUGUAAGUGAAAUUAUUGGCUUUUUUCUAAAAGAAGCUACAAAAAGGUAUGUUUUGGCAAUUUUAAAUAUUUUGUACUGCAGAGGAAACACGGAAUUCGUGGCGCAGUUAGUCUGUGGUAUCUUUAAAGGUAACCUGCGAAAGGUUUCAAUGAAUGAGCUGUUCAUCGCAGCGAAGCAUCUUACCGGCCCUAAUAUAUUGCCGGAAUUGUUAGUCUCACUUGACCUCGGGACGCAAUUUUGGGGUUUCAUAGACCGUCAUAUAAUAAGCAGCAUCAAAACAACAAACGAUAGGUCUUGUAGUCGGCGAAAAGAUGCUGACUGUUAUAUUUUGCCCCACGUGAUUAAAAAUUGCAAAUAGACUAUGUAUACAAAUAUAUAUAUAUAUAUAUAUAUAUAGCAUACAUAUAUGCACUACUGUCUCACCACUAGGGCCUAUGGUAUGAGUCACAAGCACUUUGUCGAAUAGAAGUUUUUUAGUACCUCGCCACCUAGUAUUAUCGGCCGCUGCUGAUCGGGUAUUUAUUUACCUGGGAAUGGGAGUAGACUGACUUAACAAAACAAACCAGUUUCAUAUGGGUGAGAGAUGUCAGGGUUUUGAUUAACGGAAUGAAUGUAGAAAUCCCAAAACAGCUCUCUAUCAACCUAUUCCCGGUAUAUAUCAUUUCCAUUCUUCUGCCACAGCUUGACCAACUUCAACGCGGCGGAUGUUUAACUGUUCGUAACCCUAGUUACCUCUGCUUACUGGCUUCUGGAGGCCAGUGGGUCGGUGUCCGCACAUUUCUAAGUGACGAAAAAUGGCAGGUGGCAGGGAGCCGACGAACUUCGGUUCGAUGAAUUGCCUAGGAUUCAUCUGGUAGAAACCAGUUGUUGAUCAGUUGUUCCAACACUUUGUGUGCAUGUUUGUGUUCCCUGUCCCAGCUGAUGGUCAGGAGCGUAAUUGGGCGAGUGAAGACAAAUAAGUUCAGAACAGUUCUGUAUCAGUCUACUCUCCAGAUCUUGUUGUCUCCCUUGUGCUAUCAUAUGCCUUGUUACCACGCGCAAUCCACUUGUAAAUUGUGCUUUGAUGAAAGCCGUAAUAUUUUCGCUUCGUGAUAACUUUCAUUGAUUGAUAAAAAACACGAAAAAAUUCAACUGCAUUUUAAAAACUAACUGUGAGAUUACAAUUGCUGGCUAGUUUAUAAAUCUACUUCCCAAUGCCAUAACUCGAAAUAUAUUAGUAAGGGCGUAAGUAAGGCCAUAACGGCACAACAGACAGAAAAGCGAUUUGGAACGACGUGUUACUUUGCAACGAGAGGCUAGAUGACAAUGAGACUUCAGUAAUCAUGCCCAGCAGAGCAAUAGGUAAAUGGCGUCAAAGUGGCGCAGUUAAACAAAAGCGUCCUAAUCGGUUCUUCCAGGCACAUAAUCCUCUCCCAAAAAGUGGGGCUUCAGGGUACAUUCUGAGUGCAAUACAGUUUAUUUCUAUAGAUUUGGAACAUGUAAACAUAAAAGAUUCCGGUUAAGCUGUUGAAAUGUCCCUUUAAAUUUCUUAAAAUAUGGCGUGGCCGAGGUCACAUCCACCCACGCUUGGCCACGCUCACAAGGCGGGACCAUGUGUUGGUAGAGGUGGCUUGGCCUGUUUAUGCGCUUUUUUGUCCAAAAAAGCGUCGAGAAGCUGAAAGAUUGGUGUGAGAUCGUUCCUAGGUGAAUAUAUAUAAACAAUGGUAGAGGGAGUCCCCAUGAUCCCGUUUAACGACACACUUAGCCCGUUAUGCCCUGAGGCUCACUAUCAAGCCUCACACGCUGCCGUUUAAUGGCUAAUAUUAUAGAAAGCAUGAUGAUUAGGGCCUUGAACGUCUAAUUAACAGGUCGGAGAAACUAGCCUUAGGCGUUGAAAAACCCGCAGUUAUAUAAUUUCAGCUGAUGAUAUUCAUAAAUUUCAUUUCAGUCAUCUGUUUCUUUGUAAAAAAUAUUAUCUCACAUGUUAUGCGUAUAGAUAUGUGCAUAUACAUGUGUAAAUAUUCUGUUUGUCAUGAAAAUCGGUCGUGACAAAAUUUGAGAGCCGGUAUGUAUAAGAGGAGAAUGCUGCAAGAGAUAACGAAGACUGGAAUGACAAUUUCUGACUUGAAAUCCGUUUGUAACCCCCAUUUUUAUAACUCAAACUGCAAUACUUCUUUCUCCAACUCAGAUCUUUUGAUGAUCUUUCGUUAUUACUUUCAAUACCGUCAUCGAGACACAAAUCCGUUCUCCUGUCGGUUGCGGUCAGAAAAAUUGACUAUAUUGGACCUGCGUUCAUUAUUGACUUAUAAAAUGUUCGUCCGUUGUGCCCUGGUGCUCAACUUAUAUCUCUCGUAGACAGUCACACGGCGACCGGCAGUGUACUCAAUGUAGGCUUAGGGGCAUAGCGACUUAGUAACUUUUGAUGCCCAACAAACGCGGUUCCGAAUUUCAGGUCUUGAAAAUGUGGAGGUAGGCAAGGUUAACCGAAGAAAUUUCGCGAACCAGAAACUUCCAUCUGCACAUGCGACUGGUCGAUGGGCGACUACUUACAAGGACCUUCGUUCGGGUUCCAAGGCGCAAUGAGAUGAGCAUGUAAUGUUGCUUGAUCGGUAGACGCAAUUUCAGCAUACACAUUAAUGUAGUAACCGCAGUAUCACCAAUGACAAGGAAGACUGGAGUAGCCAUUUCCGGUCUCAUAGUGGUCAUCAGCAAGCCACACUCAGUUCAAAUUAUAAACAUGAGCACGGACAAAAAUGACGAUACCGAAUUGUUUGAUUUCUUAACUUUAAUUACAUGUAUGUUUUCAGGAAACUUUGGAUUGUGCGUUAAUUAUUGGGUUUAGUCACGUGCAUCCUUAGUGACGUAAUUUUACAAUUUUUUAUGUAACUUUUCAAAAGAUUCCCAUUUUUUACUUAAUUGCCUGCUUUGCAUAAUAAAAACCGCCACUUACGAGAAUUAACGAAGAAAGGUGCACGGUUUAUGGACUUUGUUAUAGUUCCUACGUGAAUAACAUUUACGAACGGAAAUUGGUGGAUCCGAGUUCCACCAAGAUACGCACAGAAUGAUUAUAAUUUCUUAGCCACACUGUUGCCAUCAAAAUGGCUGAGGUCCAGUUAGUUUUUUUACCUAAUUAUAUUUGAUUUCCAAGCUUGAGAAAAGUGCCACAGUCCAAACGUAAUGAUAGCAAAAGCUCGUCUUGCAUGUAGUGAAGUAUCUUGAAGUACAGCACAUAAAUUUUGGACAUAAAACAUAAUACUACUGCAGGCUAAUGCAAUCUAAAUUUUUUCCAAUUGUUUUCAUCAGUGUUAGUUUAUCGGCGGAAAAAGAGAUAUUGCAAGAGAAAAUUUAUUCCAUGCAUUAAAUAGUGCCGAAUAUAAACUGCAUCGUGGGCGUUGAUAGUUGUAAAAUGUCUAAACGCACGAGAGCCUUGCACUAUUACGCGUCUUGAUUAUUAGCAUUUGCAAAAGUCUAAACGAACAAAAUAUACGACUAUUUUUGUUUAUAGCUGAUAUCGGCUGUUCCAAUUUUUAGCGGCGUAUGGCUGCUCCUUGCGGUUUUGGUCAGAAGCUUACUUGAGCACGUAUCAAUAACACUUCUUAGCUGUUACUCCACCAUAUCCUGGUAAACCUGAGCAAAUUGAGUAUGUUUUAAUAGGCGUUCAGUAAUGUUUUGUCGAAAAUGACUAACGUUGAUGCUUUACCGUUAAAUUAAAAAAUAUUACAAAUAUUUGUGUGAAAAAGGUAUCUUGUAAACGAAUUCUAAUAUCCCUACUCCCUAGGCCAAACGAACGAAGUCAGAUCAACUAAGCGAAGCUGA